CACAUGCGGCGGUUUCUUUAGCUUCUUCCUUGUACAAGUUGGGAUGUCUCUGUCUUCCACGGAGCUUAUAAAUUAGUGGAAAUAGCGAAGCUUGGGUUAGUAGUUAUUAUUAUUAUGAUGGUGCAUUUAUAAUCGCACGACUCCAUCAUCUCUUUCAAUUUUAUGCUUCACUCUCUUCUCCUCCAAUCACAGAAUCUUGGAUCCUCCGCAGAAAAAACAUCCGUCUCUUGUGACCGUUGAUUUUAUUUGGAAAAAAGAAAAGAAAAAAAUCUCCCUUUAAAAUCGUUGAUUCCUUUCAUUUCACUUCUGGUCUAAAAGAUUUCAAGAUCUAAACCAGAACAAGAAAGAGAAACAAAACAGCUAAAACCUUUUUUGAAACCGUUUCUUUUUGGUUGUCGGUAAAUUAAAAUUUUGGAUUUUUAUUGGGAAUUAGUGUUGGGGUUUCUUGUGAAGAAGAAGAAGAAGAAGUAGAAGAUGGUCGUCAAGAAUGUUCAAGAUUUGGAUGUUCUUCCAAGAAAUAGCUCCGAUUUAUUCGAUGAUGAUGGUCGUCCCAAGCGAACCGGGACGGUGUGGACAGCAAGUGCACACAUAAUAACAGCCGUAAUAGGGUCAGGAGUGUUGUCUUUAGCAUGGGCUGUUGCUCAGAUCGGUUGGGUUGGUGGUCCAGUGACUAUGUUACUCUUCUCUCUCGUCACUUAUUACACAUCUAUCCUCCUAUGUUCUUGUUACCGCUCUGGUGACUCUGUUACGGGAAAAAGAAACUAUACUUACAUGGACGCUAUUCAGUCCAACCUCGGUGGCAUGAAGAUGAAAAUAUGUGGAAUUGUGCAAUAUCUUAAUCUCUUUGGUACUGCAAUUGGAUACACUAUUGCAUCAGCUAUAAGUAUGAUAGCGAUUCAACGGACGAGUUGUCAACAGACUAAUGGGGAAGAUGCUCCAUGUCCCGUCAAUGGCAAUCCCUACAUGAUUGCAUUCGGUAUUUCACAAAUCAUAUUUUCUCAGAUUCCGGAUAUUGAUCAGUUAUGGUGGCUGUCCAUUGUUGCCACAGUCAUGUCUUUCGGUUACUCGACCAUCGGGCUUGGCCUCGGUAUCUCCAAAGUGGUAGAGAACAAAGAAGUGAAAGGUACUCUUACUGGAGUUAGCAUUGGGACAGUGACACCGGAACAGAAAGUUUGGAGAACCUUUCAGUCUCUUGGAAACAUUGCUUUCGCCUACUCUUACUCGAUGAUUCUCAUCGAAAUCCAGGACACGGUUAAAUCACCGCCUUCAGAAGAAAACACGAUGAAAAAAGCGACUCUAAUAAGUGUGGCAGUGACGACACUCUUCUACAUGCUCUGUGGCUGUGUAGGGUAUGCGGCAUUCGGGGACUCCGCGCCCGGGAAUCUCCUCGCUACUGGAGGGUUUAGAAACCCGUUUUGGUUGCUUGACAUAGCCAAUAUCGCCAUAGUGGUCCAUCUAGUCGGUGCUUACCAAGUUUAUUGCCAACCACUGUUUUCGUUUGUCGAAAAGGAAGCCUCCAGGAGGUAUCCAGAGAGUAGUUUCAUCACAAACGAGAUAAAGAUCCAACUUAUUCCAGGGAAGCCCUUCAAUUUGAAUCUAUUCAGGCUCGUGUGGAGGACGAUCUUCGUUAUGACUACAACGUUAAUCGCAAUGCUAAUGCCUUUCUUUAACGAUGUACUCGGUCUCUUGGGGGCCGUUGGUUUUUGGCCUUUAACGGUUUAUUUCCCUGUCGAGAUGUACAUUGCACAGAAAAAUGUUCAGAGAUGGGGCACAAGGUGGGUUUGUCUAAAAGUAUUGAGUUUGGCCUGUCUUGUCGUUUCUGUAGCCGCGGCUGCAGGAUCAGUAGUUGGCAUUGUCAGUGAUCUCAAGGUCUACAAACCUUUCCAUACGGAUUUCUGAGAUCUUAAGGGAAAAAUAAACUCCUGCUAAAAGGAUUAAGAUUCUAAUUCAAUGUUUUAAUGUUAUCUUUGUAUUAGUUAAGUUAACUUUGUAUAAGUGUUCAAUACCAAAUCAUGUUUCUGCGGAGAAUUCUUCAACACGUA